AUGAGAAAGUCCUACGUAGUAUACGACUUGAAGAAGAAAAAGAUUGUCAAGAUCUACAGCGCUCUUAAACGACAACGUUACGAUGUGUUUGUAUUGUACUACAGUGAUGGUACUCUGGUAGACGUGUGUAACCAGAAGGAAUACAAAGUCAAGGCCAAGUUCUUUCCAAAGUGUUAUUUAAUUUGCGGAGAUGUAUAUAACUACAGGAAGUACGUAGGGUACUGGAAUCUUCAAGAUGAACUAGUGUUAAUAGAUAACGCGACCGGUCAACAAAUUACUCUUUUCCGUGAUAUCCCUACAUCGACGAUUUACAUUGUUCGUAUCAUGGACGAUUUGGAUCAAGUCAUGUAUCAAGGUAGGUUUUUUUAUAUUAGAUAUCCGUUUUUAAAACAGAUAGUAGCAUUUUUUAAACAUUCUUGUUGUUAUAAUGUUUUCAGGUGAGAAUACAAGAGUUUACGACAUUAAAACCAAGAGGUGUAUAUUUGAGUUUGAAUAUGAGUUUUAUCUUGAUUACAGAAUGCAAAGCUUUGAUGGUUUUCACUUGUACGAAAGCAGUAGAGUAAGUUAACGUAAGAUGAGACAACCGUCCGUGAGUAAUUUUGUUAUUGCAAUAUAUGCAAAUUAAACAAAGUUUAUAAAUUCAUUGUUUAAUGACAUACCUUCAAUUGUUUUACCUAAUUAUUAGCUUUAAUUCUUUAAACAGUUCUAUUUUAAUAUUUUAGUUUUUCGGAUACAGUAAGAAGGACAAGGAAUGGAAAGAAAUGGGGAAAUGGCCUUACCAAGCGCAUAAAAUCCACCGUUACGUCGAAAACCCCUUCCUGAUGCCAGCAUACACAACACAUCGUGUAGUAAAUGACAAUGUUUUAAACUUUACACAUUUCGACUGGUCUUCCGGUAAAAACUUAAUCAUUAUUUUAACUAUCAUAACACGCAAAUUAAAACUAAUUUCUAACGUUAUAGGGCAUCUAACUUCAAAAGUUUCAACCAGUAGAAGUCAAAAAAGCAGGAUUUAA